AUGGAGUUGGGUCAGCCUUCUUCGGCAAGGUGUAAAUCACAGGGCAGAUGCAUGAUCCGGGAAGUUUUCCAGAUGCACGUCGCACAAAGGCCCAUGUGUUCUCCUGGUGCGGAAAUCGCUUGCUAUCGGAGCGGGUCUGGGACAGCAGACCCGGGGUGGGACAUGUCAUCCUGUCUGCAGGUCCUUCACUUAGCCGAGAGCGGCGCGGCAGACGCGGUGUGGGAGCGCGGAAGCCCAGCGCGUGGACGGUUAAGAAAAGCCGCAUUGUCCCCCAGGCGCAGGCAGCAGACCCGCCUGAUGGGCUGCUCGACCGAGUGCAGUGCCAGACGGGGCCUGCCAGAUGUGCUGGCGAGGGCGGGACCCACCAAAGUCCGGGGAAAGCCGCUCCAAGCCGGCCCGCACCGCACCGGGGAGCCUCUGCGGCCCCGCUCCCCCACCAUGAACUUGGCAGCAGCACCGAUUCCAGAGCAAAUGUUCAGUUCUUGCUCCUUCCAUCUGUAA